ACUCUCCUCAGUCCCAGCCCCGCCGCCAUCUUGUUUCACCGCCACUUUGCGCUCGCUCCGUCCGUCACAUCCCCGCCCCCCCUUCCUCGUUGCGUCCGGGAGCGCGCGGGCUGCGGUUGACGCACUAGCACUCGCACCCGCCACCGGAACGCAGCGGAAACCACGGACUCUUGAUUAGCUUGCUUCCAAAAUGUCCACAGAUGGGAGCUUUGGCUCAGGAGGCAACAGUGAUGCCCAGCAAUGCCUUCAGUCUUUUUGGCCUCGGGUCAUGGAGGAGAUUCGAAAUCUAACAGUGAAAGAUUUCAGAGUUCAGGAACUUCCAUUGGCACGCAUAAAGAAGAUCAUGAAACUAGAUGAAGAUGUAAAGAUGAUCAGUGCAGAGGCGCCUGUUCUGUUUGCCAAGGCUGCUCAGAUAUUCAUCACAGAACUGACACUACGGGCCUGGAUACACACAGAGGACAACAAGCGCAGGACCUUGCAGAGAAACGACAUUGCCAUGGCCAUCACUAAGUUUGAUCAGUUUGACUUUCUCAUUGACAUUGUUCCGAGGGAUGAACUUAAACCUCCCAAGCGCCAGGAGGAGGUGCGCCAGGCUGUGACCCCGGCAGAGCCUGUCCAGUACUACUUCACACUUGCUCAGCAGCCUGCAGCUGUCCAGGUGCAGGGGCAGCAGCAAGGGCAGCAGACGACCACAUCCACCACGACCAUCCAGCCAGGGCAGAUCAUCAUAGCACAGCCUCAGCAAGGGCAGACCACCCCUGUGACUAUGCAAGUCGGAGAAGGGCAGCAGGUUCAGAUUGUCCAGGCUCAGCCACAGGGGCAGGCUCAGCCAGCACAGAGUGGGACUGGGCAGACCAUGCAGGUCAUGCAGCAGAUCAUCACUAAUACUGGAGAAAUUCAGCAAAUACCGGUACAUCUGAACGCUGGUCAGCUGCAGUAUAUCCGCUUAACCCAGCCCGUUUCUGGUGCCCAGGUGGUCCAGGGCCAAAUCCAGACACUUGCAGCCAACACACAACAGAUUGCACAGACGGAGGUUCAGCAGGGACAGCAGCAAUUCAGCCAGUUUACAGACGGACAGCUCUACCAGAUCCAGCAAGUGACCAUGCCUGCCGGCCAGGACAUCACCCAACCCAUGUUCAUCCAGUCCACCAAUCAGACAACAGAUGGACAGGCCCCACAAGUUACAGGAGACUGAGUUGGUCCAGCCAGAGGGCUGUGGGAUGUUAUGGAAGUUACACCAUCUUGAUUGCUGUACUGCCAACCAGAGACCCUCUUCAGCUCUUCUCCUCCAUCCCUUCCCCAAUAUAUAUCUGCAUUU